AUGGACCCCUGCUGCUUAAGCAGGUACUAUCAGAAGAAGGAGCAUGUUGAGGAUGAGAUGAAAAAGGUGAACGAGAUUUUUAUGCAGGAGAUGGACGAAGAGUAUUUUGGAAAUGAUAAAUGCGCUGUUUAUCGUAAGAAGUUAUGGGACAUUCUUGAAAAGCCUCAAACUUCUUCAGCCGCUAGAAAAGUGUGUAAAAGAUGGCAUUUAUAUUUGAUAAGUGAUAUGGAGUUCUGCAUGUUAUCAAAGUUAUCGAGGCUCGUUUAUUUUGGGCCUAUGCGUCAAUUUCUUGCUGUGGUAAGCUUAGGACUUUCCGAAAGACGGCUUUUUAUACAUGAUUAUGCAGUGCCUAUUAGUGUUUUAUCGAUGAUAAGAUUAAUUGAAAUAUUUAACAAACUGGAAUUGUUUAAGAUGCACUUUAUCCAUAAUAUAUCAAGAAAUUACCUGCAAACAGUAGUGAAUGCUGAAUUAAUCCAUGAUAUUCCAGCUCUUAUUUGCCGUAUUUUUACACAGUUAAGUGCUUUAGUGCAAUAUAAUGUGACUUUUUAA